AAUGGAUCUUUUUUUUGUUCAAUGAUGGGUAAAUACUAAUUAUGCAAUUUGUAGAAUAUAUCACUUUGCUUCUCGUUGUAGAAAAAAAGAAAGAACUUUAGAAACCUCAAGAACCAAGCAACGCAUAUAGAACUAAUAUCAUGUCAGCAGAGGAAUAGAGCAAACUCAUUUUGUGCGUUAUCCAAAAAGAUGGAAGGUGAAGAAGACGAUUAUCCAGGGCCUGAAUCCGGCAUUGACGGAAUCAACUUGAACGGGAGAAAUGUAGGGGCUGUGAUGGUGGCGCCAAGGGAUGUAGACGUAGCAAGUCAAAGUGGAUGCAGGAUCAACAUCUACGUGAAUAGUAACGCUCAAGGGACUUGUGGUUCGGCCCUGUUUGGCAGCAAGGUUAAGCUAAGAGAUCCUGGUGUUCAUCUUCAUAUCGAAGACGUUAAAAUGCCCCGUGACGAUGGAUCCAGACAGAAAGAGAUGAGGUUGAUUAAGGUUGGGUUAUGUUUGGUAUGUCUCUUUAACGUCUCUCUAGGACUCCUUCUCUUGCUCUCCUCUUGGCUCCGGAAGGAGACCGAGUCCAUAUAGAUAUCUCCCCCACCCAUGUUCAUGGUAAGAAGAACGAUAUAGUCCGUGAUUGUUUCUUCCUAUAGUCACUUACCCUAAGAUGUACACUUUUAGAUUGUUCUGAUACAGGUUGAUAUCUACAUCUGCAAAGGUAAAAGAAACACAUGUAUGUAUGUUGUAUAUUAUUUUUACAUGUUUGAUAUGAGGUUGAUGUUAUAUUCCAAUCAUGUAAAUUCCGUAGUA